AUGUGGCUCAAAGCCGAAGGGUUCAACGAGCUGAUAGAGGGGUGGUGGCAAGGGAUAGAGGUUAGAGGUAGGCCGAGCUACAAAUUAGCGACUAAGAUGAAGGGGCUGAAACUUAGGUUAAAAAUAUGGAAUAAGGAGGUUUUUGGAAGAUUGGAGAAAAACAAAGCUGAAGCUCUUCAGCAAGUGGAGAGGUGGGAUUCAGUGGAAGAAGAGAGAAACCUAACAGAGGAGGAGCUGGGCCACAAAAAGGAAGCUAAGGAGAGUUAUGCAAAGUGGGUGUCGAUGGAAGAAGUGCAGUGGAGACAGCUAUCAAGGGAAAUAUGGUUAAGGGAAGGGGAUAGGAACACGGGGUUCUUUCACCGCAUGGCCAAUGCCCAUAGGAGAGUCAAUGCCAUGGCUAAAAUUAAGAUAAAUGGGGUGAGAUUCACAGAGGAACAAGAUAUGAGGGAAGGUAUAGCAAAUGCGUAUCAGCAGCUACUAUCGGAAAAUUCGGGGUGGAAGGCGGACAUAGGAGGCCUCUCACUGAAACAGAUCAGUCCUUCAGAAGCAAUUGGCAUCGAGAAUUCUUUUUCUGAGACUGAAAUCCAUGCAGCUUUAAUGGGGAUGAAUGGGGAAAAGCCCCGGGCCCGGACGGAUUCACAGUGGCUUUUUGGCAAAGCUGCUGGGAGGUUGUCAAGGAGGACAUCUUGGGUUUUUUCAAGGAGUUCCAUGAACAAAACUCAUUCAUUAAGAGUCUGA